GUACACUCCUGUGGGCCGCUCGUUCUUCUCUCCUCCAGAGGGGUACUACCAUCCUCUGGGUGGAGGCAGGGAGGUGUGGUUCGGCUUCCAUCAGUCCGUCCGUCCUGCCAUGUGGAACAUGAUGCUCAACAUCGAUGUGUCAGCCACUGCUUUUUACCGCGCUCAGCCUGUCAUCGAGUUCAUGUGUGAAGUUCUGGACAUCCAAAACAUCAACGAACAAACCAAACCACUGACGGACUCACAGAGGGUCAAAUUCACCAAGGAGAUAAGAGUGUUUGGAACAGGUUUGAAGGUGGAGGUGACUCACUGCGGCCAGAUGAAGAGGAAGUAUCGAGUGUGUAACGUCACCCGCCGACCCGCCAGCCACCAAACCUUCCCCUUACAGCUGGAGAAUGGACAGGCCAUGGAGUGCACGGUGGCUCAGUAUUUUAAACAGAAGUACAGCCUGCAGCUGAAGUACCCUCACCUGCCCUGUCUGCAGGUGGGACAGGAGCAGAAACACACCUACCUGCCUCUGGAGGUGUGUAACAUCGUGGCAGGUCAGCGCUGCAUCAAGAAGCUGACUGAUAACCAGACGUCCACCAUGAUCAAAGCCACGGCUCGCUCCGCCCCCGACAGGCAGGAGGAGAUCAGCAGACUGGUCAAAAGCAACAGCAUGGUCGGCGGCCCGGACCCCUACCUGAAGGAGUUUGGCAUUGUGGUGCACAACGACAUGACGGAGGUGACGGGGCGUGUCCUCCCUGCACCCAUGCUGCAGUAUGGGGGCCGGGUGAGUACCGACACAGGGAGGGACUGUGGCAGGGGACUCUCUCCGCAGAAUAAAACCGUGGCCACGCCCAAUCAGGGCGUGUGGGACAUGAGAGGGAAGCAGUUCUACGCCGGCAUCGAGAUCAAAGUGUGGGCCGUGGCCUGCUUCGCCCCCCAGAAACAGUGUCGGGAGGAUCUGCUGAAGAGCUUCACAGACCAGCUGAGGAAGAUCUCUAAGGAUGCUGGGAUGCCCAUCCAGGGCCAGCCCUGUUUCUGUAAAUACGCCCAGGGGGCCGACAGCGUGGAGCCCAUGUUCAAACACCUGAAGAUGUCCUACGUGGGUCUGCAGCUGAUCGUGGUCAUCCUGCCUGGAAAAACACCUGUCUAUGCGGAGGUGAAGCGGGUCGGGGACACCCUCCUGGGCAUGGCCACGCAGUGCGUCCAGGUGAAGAACGUGGUGAAGACAUCCCCUCAGACUCUGUCCAACCUCUGCCUGAAGAUCAACGCCAAGCUGGGGGGCAUCAACAACGUCCUGGUGCCUCACCAGAGGCCCUCUGUCUUCCAGCAGCCCGUCAUCUUCCUCGGCGCCGACGUCACUCAUCCUCCUGCAGGCGAUGGCAAGAAGCCCUCCAUCGCUGCCGUGGUGGGCAGCAUGGACGGACACCCCAGCCGCUACUGUGCCACGGUGCGGGUCCAAACGUCUCGACAGGACAUGUCCCAGGAGCAGCUGUUCAGCCAGGAGGUGAUCCAGGACCUGACCAACAUGGUGCGGGAGCUGCUCAUCCAGUUCUACAAGUCCACCCGCUUCAAACCCACACGCAUCAUCUAUUACCGCGGGGGCGUGUCCGAGGGACAGAUGAAGCAGGUGGCGUGGCCGGAGCUGAUCGCCAUCAGGAAGGCCUGCAUCAGUCUGGAGGAGGACUACAGGCCGGGCAUCACCUACAUCGUGGUCCAGAAGCGUCACCACACCCGUCUGUUCUGCUCAGACAAAGCUGAGAGGGUGGGGAAGAGCGGGAACGUUCCAGCUGGCACCACGGUGGACAGCACCAUCACUCACCCGUCAGAGUUUGACUUCUACCUGUGCAGCCACGCUGGGAUCCAGGGCACCAGUCGUCCGUCCCACUACCAYGUCCUGUGGGACGACAACUGUUUCACAGCCGACGAGCUGCAGCUGCUCACCUACCAGCUGUGCCACACCUACGUGCGCUGCACGCGCUCCGUCUCCAUCCCCGCCCCCGCCUACUACGCCCGGCUGGUGGCGUUCCGCGCUCGCUACCACCUGGUGGACAAGGACCACGACAGCGCUGAGGGCAGCCACGUGUCGGGUCAGAGUAACGGGCGGGACCCCCAGGCGCUGGCCAAGGCGGUCCAGAUCCACUACGACACCCAGCACACCAUGUACUUCGCCUGAGCCGGGUCAGCACCGGGCCAGCCGGGCCUCCUGUGGAUUUAUCACUUCUCUCAUCCUUCCCUCGUCUCCUCCUCCUCCUCAUCCUCACUCUGUUU